AUGGCGGGCCGCACGGUGCGGGUGGGGGGCCUCCCCGCCGACCUGCCUCCCGACAGGGUGGCCGACAAGCUGACCAUCCACUUCCUGCGCUCCCGCAACGGCGGCGGGGAGAUCGCCGACGUCCAGGUGCUGGCCGGCUCCCAGGCCUGCGCCCUCAUCACCUUCGAGGCGCCGGAAGUGGCCCAGAGGAUCCUGAAGGCCAAGACUCACGUGUUGUCGAUCGGAGGGAAGAAAUACCCGCUGGAAGUGACGGCGCAUGUGGCGGAGCUGAGCCCCGAUGAGAUCUUCAUACGCGCUUGUGUGAUAGUUGACUAUGGCAAGCUUCCUGCUGGCAAAACCCUCCUGAGGAACUUGCAUAAAGGCUACAGCAAUGUGCAGUUCAACUUUGACUCCAAGAACACACACUGCAUAGUCAAGGGACCAUUCACUGAGCUGCAGGCCUUCAGCAGAGACCUGCUGGGCAGCCUGAACCUCAAGAGCCAAGCCGUUGGAGAGAUCCUCCUGCCAGGUUCCAGCCAUGUGGCCAAAGAGACCAGAAUGCAUGAUCACCAGCAAGUGCCUGACUCCACUGAGUCAGCACGAGAGACAGCAAAGCUGCCGAAUUGGGACCAGGUGUAUGAAAAGGCAGCUAAAGUCCCAUCGUCUCGGGGCCCAGUGGAUGGGGAAGCUGUGGAACAGCUGGAGGACUUUUCCCUAGUGAUGGACUCGGACAUUUACUUGUACAUGCAGAGGUUCUGUGCUGCCGAGUACCAAGGUGUGCUACGCCAGCAUCGUGUGGAUGUGGUGGAUGUUAGCAGCGAUGGCAUCGCCAUACUGUACCUCCAACCAUCGGCAGGUAUGUCUGGGGACAUGGACGCCUUGCAACAGGCCCGCCUGGCCCUGCAGCAGCUUUACCAGCAGCUGGAGGUGAGCUUGCGCAAGGAGAAGAUCACCAAGGGAGGACUGGAUAUGGACAGCCAGGCACUCAGGGCUCUGACACAUGAGCUGCAGAAACUGUAUCCCCAGUUGCUCUGCCAUGAGGAUGAGAGGCAGCUUUAUCUUAUUGGAAACCUCGUUGAUGUGUCCCAGGCCAAGCAGUACCUUCAGGAUUUCAGCACCAGAAGAGGUGCCGCACACACGGUUAGCAUGCUCAGCAGCUCCCUGCCCUCACACCCAGCAACCUCCCGCACCACAGAGGCUGCACUGCACAAGCCCAAAGCGCCUGUGGACACCUCAGCCUCAAGGGUCAGCCCAGGCAGGCCGGAGCUGAAAGGUGAGCUCAAGCUAGCUGCCAACUUCAGCGCUCGGAAAGCUGACAGGUCUCAGGUCAGCCGGGGCCUCUUGCUGAAUCAGGACUCUCCACCGGCGGGACAGGCGCAACUUUCUGGAAAACACUUUUCAGAGACAGAUGCUCUAGGGCCAAGUGACCCAACAGCACUGACCCAGCAGUACCAGCCUCAUGUCUCUACAACAGAUGUGGUUUUGGGGUCAGCAGCAGAGUCUCAGCAGAAGGACCCCAAAGAAUGGGAGCAUGUGAAAGGAGGUGCCAGGCUUACAAGACACAAGGCUCUGUCUCCCUUUGGGGGCAAAGAAAACAGCACUUCGCAGCAUCCUGGGGACUCUAAAGGCUCAGGUCCCAUCAGGCACCAUCCCCUUGCUGGCACAUCUAGUACCUUUGACACAACAAGGACCUCUUCUGCUUUAGACUCUAAACCCUCUGAAUCCAGGCCUCUGCUGCGACGUUCCAACAGCUUCUCCCUGCCAAGGUCAAAGGAAAGCGACAAGCCCCAAGACACGGGCAGGGCAGGCAGUGGAGGCAGUAGGGUGAGUGAAGAAAUGAGCCUGGACUCUCUGCAGUGGUCUUACCUGAAAGACGUUUGCCGCGCUGCUAUUGAUGAACUGUGCAGGGAUGGAGGUGUGCAGAUCUCAGAGCAACGUGCUGGGGACUGCACUGUGCUGACGCUACAGGCGGCGGACAGGAGCAAGCUUUUCCAGGCUAAAUGGAAGGUGGAAGCUCUUGUGCAGAAGUGUCCCGACCUUGUGUGUCAGAGUAUGAGCUACUCAGAGCUCGCUGUAGAUGGUCCAGAUGACAGUGCCCUGAGUGAACUGUGCAGCCUCUUGCGAGGAAACUCCCUCCAGGUUGGACUCAGCAAAGACAAGUACAAGCUAUAUCUUGCCUGCCCCAAGGAGAUGCUGCCAGGAGUGACUGAGGCCUUCCAUGUGUUUUCUUCCAGGAGGCUCCGUGCCCUGAAGUCUUCCUCCUUGUCUCCAGGACCAGAGAGUACAGGGCACUCAAGUGUCAUCCAGCCGAGCAGAAGCCAGGACACGGUGCUGGGUGCAGCCCUUCCCAGCAGCCUGGAGUCCCUACAGAUGGGCCUGCAGCACCUGACCAUUAGCGAUAAAGCAGACCCCGCAGAUGUGCUCAGGGCUUCCCGGCUGCCAGAGGCUGAGGAAAAAAGGUCCCCCAGCCCUUGGAGGUUCCAGCAGGCACUGGGGCAGGAGGAGGCCAAUGACCAUGUUGAUUCUGGGGCUGUGCAAGGAGGAAGCAGCCUUCUGAGCCCUGGUGUAGCGGAUAAGCCAAGUCCUGCUGGUCUGAGGGAGUCCCAGGAACAGCCGAAGACAAAACUGUCUGUGGGGGAGCCUGACAUUGCACGGCUAAAGCAGGUUUUGCCAGACAGAUUCCAGUUUGCAAGAGACAAGAGCAGAGGAGGCCACAAUGAAGCGAUGGGACAGCUGCGCUCACCAGUUCCUGCAGCAGACGGAGCUCCUCGCUCCCUGCCCACCUGGCUGUACGGGGCUACGGCUGCUGAGCCGCCUGAGGCUGCAGCCGAACAGUCACCUGCAGCAGAGCCCAGGGGCCAGGAAAGGGCCCUGCUCCCAACAGGCAGGAGCGAGGUGCAGGAGGAGCCUGACCUCUCGUCACGGCAGACAAGAGGCCCCAGCCUUGGACAGGAAAGCGGCAAGACCCCUCUGGGCCGGUGUGAUGCUUGCCAGGGCUCAGGGGUGACCUGCCAGGCCCCCUGCGGUCACGCCUUGUGCAGGACAUGUUUUGCAGCGGACAGUACGCAGCCAGCUUGCUGCAGCUCCUCCUCGGUUGCCCCGAGCCGCAAGAUCCCAGGGACAUUCAAGAUCUCCUCCCUGUCUCAGAGUCUGCCUGGCUACUAUCGAGACCUAACGCUCCAGGUUGCCUACAACAUCCCUGAUGGCGUGCAAGGGGUUGGUGACCCCCGCCCAGGACAGCCUUACAAAGGGGGGGAUUUCUAUGCCUUCCUGCCUGACAACAGAGAAGGGCAGAAGACGGCAAUGCUGCUGAAGAAAGCAUUUGAGCACGGGCUGACAUUCCAGAUCAAGUCCUGCAAUGGAGAGGAAAGAGUGAUAUGGGGCCUUAUCCCACACAAAACCUCCUGGGAUGGAGGCAAAGCCAGGAACGGCUAUCCAGAUGCCCAGUAUCUCCGUGAGGUUUGCACAGUACUGAAGAAACUGGGCAUCGCAUGAGACUCCCUGCCUGAGCGGCCACAGCCCAUGCCUUCGCUUCACCUUCCUUUCCAGCUGACAAAACUGCAGCUUAACACAGACAGCUCAGGAAAAAGCAGGUGUUUGUCCAAGGAGCUCCUGUGUCCCCAGAGGUAGCCAGAAAUCUGCACGUUAGUGACAGCAGCACCUCCAUGCCCGCCCCCUGCAAGCCUCAACAUGGAUCAGAGCUUCCCUGAAACUGCAGCUCCUCCUCGAUGCGUGUCCUCACCAGCCAGUUACGCAGCGCGUUUCAACACCAGCUCCAGGCUGAGCCCUGGCGUGGCUUUCAGCAGCAUAACCCAAACCUGGGCAGGACCCCGUGUGUAGUCCAGCCCCAUCUUCUGGAGUCUCUUCCACCUCUGGCCACUGCAGGCAGGUUCCGGCUCAGCCACUGCCAGAGCCUGUGCCAGAGCUGAGCUGUCAUUGAUUUCAGCUGUUCACUCAGACAUUUCAGUCCUCGAGCAGACAGCCCCGAGCUACAGCCCCUCCCCAGCACCUGCUCUGGGGCCAGCAGGCAACCUGAUGCUCUCCUGGGGAGGGUAUUAACAGCUUUCAGUGCCCAGGACACCUGCCUCCCAUGAGAAUAUACAGGCACAGACAGUCUCUAAGUGGAGAAAUAAACAAGA